AUGAUGAUUUCGCGGAAUUUGCCCAUCUCAAAUUGCUUUCGUUUGCCCCUUGAGUCUGAAAUCAAGACCGAUGCCCUUGUGGUUGACGUGCCUUUGCCUGUGUCCGAGAAAGAUGACAGAUCAAACCAGUCACUUCGUCUAUGCACAACGUGUAUUGAGUCGAAUGAACUUGAUUUUGAACAGCUCUCUGAAGUAUCUUAUCUUUUAAUAGGCAUGUGCUCUGGAGAGCAAUCAUUAGUGGGUGGGCUGGUGGGUGGCUAUUUGGGUGAAAAGGAUUUCCACCGCGAAGUAAUGAAAGGCUACGAUGACGUUUGGGACGAUGAGUCAUCGGCGGUACCACCAGUCUCAAAGUCUUCCCAGAAAGAUAUUACGUCUGGUAAAGGCAAAAGCAAAAGCAAAGGCAAAGGAAACAAAGGGAGCCCCCAUUCCGACAAAACCAGAAAAGGAGAGCAGUUGGACACGUUUCUUUAUACAGGGUUAAUCGAGACGGUUGCGUUGAAAGAAGCUCAGGCCACCACAGGUAGAUUAGGCCGUUUUGGAACAGGACUGAAGACUAAAUCUGGGUCGGAUAAUGUUGGGGUCAGCGAUCACUUUGGGAUCACUGUAGGCAUCAAGGUCAUCGAAAGAUUCAAACCCUAA